AUGCCUCUGAAUAUACAGCCAUCUUUUACAGUUGUCAAUGUUGUCAUCCGAGCACUCCUCUACACUCCACUAACUCAGCAAAAUACUGGUUUGAGUGCGGAAUCAAUCUCAACAGCAUCUUUUAAUUCUGUACACCGUAAACACAUACAUACACACACACACACACACACACAUACAUGCAUACAUACAUACAUACGCACACAUACACGACACCUUUUGCGCACGUUCAGUUUUCCGUUGCAGACAAAUUAA